CUGUAGCCACAGAUGUCCUUCUUGGGUAGCCUGCCUCAGUCCCCUAAGCUCUGUGGGUGUCAGGUAGUGGUCCAGAAAUCAAGGGAGGAGAGAUGGUUGGGAUAGGGAGAGGCUGGGGACUAGGCAAGAGCUGAGGGAAUGGGGACAUUUUUGACAUCAGGACUCAGAAGGCCCUUAGUUAUAGCUUUAUGUUUGCAUUUCCUUCACUGCUGCUCAUGCUUUCAUAGGCCCCGUCACUUCCAAGCCCUUGGAAGAGGCCAGAUCCCCCCAUAAAAUAGCCAAGUAACAUAUUUUAUCCGUCCUUGAUUGUAAGCACCUGUCUUUGAAGCAUUGAUUGUAGGCGCUACUACAUUGAUAUUAAUAAUGCUUCAUGUAGCACCAGAAGCCUGAUGGGUGCUUUCCAGCCCAAAGCAAAAGUUGUGUUUCAGAUGGGUACAGCUUAGGUUUUGAAAAGCAGUUUUUCCAAAGGGGGGCAGUGAUUUGGGGUACCUUCAUUUGGUUUUGUGGCCCUGGUGUUCAGAGGUGUUGAAAAAAACCCCCCCAGAUCCUGCUGACUUUGGUUGUAGAUACAAAUGCUGAAAAUCCCUAAAAAUCAGGACCAAGAUAUGGCACUCCAGUUGAGGCUCCUGAAACCACUGGGUGACUCUCACAGCUAUAAUGGAUGACUUGAAUCUGCACUACCGGUUCCUGAACUGGAGGAGGAGGAUCCGAGAGAUCCGCGAGGUGCGAGCAGUCCGCUAUCAGGAGAGAUUCAAACACAUUCUUGUCGACGGGGACACACUUAGUUACCAUGGGAAUUCUGGGGAAGUUGGCUGCUACGUCGCGCCUCGCCCGCUGACCAAAGACAACAACUACUUUGAGGUGUCGAUUGUGGACAGUGGGGUGCGGGGGACCAUCGCUGUGGGCCUUGUGCCGCAGUAUUACAGCCUGGACCAUCAGCCAGGGUGGCUUCCUGAUUCCGUGGCCUACCAUGCCGAUGAUGGCAAGCUCUACAACGGCAGAGCAAAGGGGCGACAGUUUGGGACGAAGUGCAGCUCAGGGGAUCGGAUUGGCUGCGGGAUCGAGCCGGUUUCUUUUGAGGUCCAGACAGCCCAGAUUUUCUUCACCAAGAAUGGAAAGAGGGUGGGCUCCACCAUAAUGCCACAGUCCCCAGAUGGGCUCUUCCCUGCCGUGGGGAUGCAUUCGCUGGGAGAAGAGGUCCGGCUCCAUCUCCAUGCCGAGCUGGGCACUGAGGAUGAUGACAGUGUCAUGAUGGUGGACAGCUACGAGGAUGAGUGGGGCCGGCUCCACGACGUGAAGGUCUGCGGCACGCUCCUGGAGUACGUGGGCAAGGGGAAGAGCAUCAUCGAUGUGGGACUGGCCCAGGCCAGGCACCCUCUGAGCACCAGGAGUCACUACUUUGAGGUGGAGAUUGUGGACCCUGGGGAGAAGUGCUACAUUGCGCUAGGCCUGGCCCGGAAGGACUACCCGAAAAACCGACAUCCUGGCUGGAGCAGAGGGUCUGUGGCCUACCAUGCAGAUGAUGGCAAGAUCUUCCACGGGAGCGGUGUGGGUGACCCCUUUGGGCCACGGUGCUACAAGGGUGACAUCAUGGGCUGCGGGAUCAUGUUUCCACGGGACUACAUCCUCGACAGUGAAGGCGACAGUGACGACAGCUGCGACACCGCGGAUCUGAAGCCCAAGCUGCGGGGUGUGCGGAAUGUCAUGUACCUGCACCAGGAGGCCGAGGAGGAGGAAGAGGAGGAGGAAGAGGACGUGGAGGAGAUGGAACAGGAGCACGAAGGGAAGAAAGUGGUGGUGUUCUUCACACGCAACGGGAAGAUCAUUGGCAAGAAGGAUGCGGUGGUGCCAGGUGGCGGCUUCUUCCCCACCAUUGGGAUGCUGAGCAGCGGGGAGAAGGUCAAGGUGGAUUUACAUCCCCUCAGCGGCUAGGAGAUCGGGGCGGGGGAGUAUCCCACCCACUGCUCGCUCUCAGGGCUGGCCCCAGGACUGUCUUCGUCAUUCUGAUCCCUUGCACUUUGAGCCUCUGCCUGCAGGGGGCAGCGCUUUGUUGCCCGUGCCACAUGUAUUAUCCCGUCUGGCUCCACGCCGAGCCCUUCUCUGCCCUGGCCCCUAGCAGGCUGCAGCGGGGACAGUGUGGGGCUGGGGAAGAUCCUAGCACUGCCCCGGCAGCAUGGGCAGGCUCCUGGUGUCACAACGUCCCAGGCUUGGGGCCCAGUCUGUCCAGCCCAGGUGCAGAGAGGGUGCAGCCUGCAGCCCAAUUCCCACCCCCUCCCCCAGCCGGUGAGAUUCCUCUGCUUGAAUUUCCUGUCUGGCUGCAGCUCUCCUACAGGGAUCUCCAUGGCUGGCACCUGGCCUGAGCACCAGCCUGACCUGUGCCAUCUCCUGUCCCAUCAGCCCCAGCUGCAGUGUUGCCCCUUUCGGGCCCCUCCCCUUACCAUAGAUGGUGUUACGGCCCCGUGGCCUUUGGAUGGAGCUGUGCCUUCUGCCUGCCUCAGCUUGGCUUGCCCUGGCCAGAGAGAGGUAGGAGGAGACCAGGCACCUUGCAGACAGGGCUCUGGGCCCUUGAAGCCUCUUCCUGCUGUCCUGACGGCCCCAAGCCCCACCCCACAUGCUAAUGAACCAUACCCCAGGCAUCCUCCUUUGCCCCUUAGGCCAAUGCCUGCGCCCUCCCAGCUGUCUUAUGUUGCCUUCUUCCUCCCUCUGCGAUCAGGGGUUAGGGGGUCAGGGCAAGCAAAUGCUGGCUGCUGUGGGCCCUGGCGCUGGGUCAGGCUGGUAGAGGGGAUGGCGCCACGGUCAGCAGACCUUCCCACAGGGAACUGAGAAAUGGGCCCAAGCCAGCUGCCUUCUCCAGCUCCUGGACUGCAGCCUGACUCCCAUCCUAGGGAAUGCCAGGCCUCUGGGGCUCCACCUGCCAUGUCGUGACUCCCAGAGGCCACUAGACCUGAUCAGAGUCCCCCCCGCCCCUUCGCAGUCACCCGUCUCCCCCUCCCACCCCGUUCACACUCGUGGGGCACGUCGCCGACACACGCGCCCGCGUCUCCCUCUCCCUCCCCCGUUGGCAGUCGUGGGGCACGUCGCCGACACACGCGCCCGCGUCUCCCUCUCCCUCCCCCGUUGGCAGUCGUGGGGCACGUCGCCGACACACGCGCCCGCGUCUCCCUCUCCCUCCCCCGUUGGCAGUCGUGGGGCACGUCGCCGACACACGCGCCCGCGUCUCCCUCUCCCUCCCCCGUUGGCAGUCGUGGGGCACGUCGCCGACACACGCGCCCGCGUCUCCCUCUCCCUCCCCCGUUGGCAGUCGUGGGGCACGUCGCCGACACACGCGCCCGCGUCUCCCUCUCCCUCCCCCGUUGGCAGUCGUGGGGCACGUCGCCGACACACGCGCCCGCGUCUCCCUCUCCCUCCCCCGUUGGCAGUCGUGGGGCACGUCGCCGACACACGCGCCCGCGUCUCCCUCUCCCUCCCCCGUUGGCAGUCGUGGGGCACGUCGCCGACACACGCGCCCGCGUCUCCCUCUCCCUCCCCCGUUGGCAGUCGUGGGGCACGUCGCCGACACACGCGCCCGCGUCUCCCUCUCCCUCCCCCGUUGGCAGUCGUGGGGCACGUCGCCGACACACACGCCCGCGUCUCCCCCUCCCACCCCCGUUUGCAGUCGUGGGGCACGUCGCCGACACACACGCCCGCGUCUCCCUCUCUCACCCCCGGUUGCAGUCGUGGGGCACGUCCCCGACACACACGCCCGCGUCUCCCUCUCUCACCCCCGGUUGCAGUCGUGGGGCACGUCCCCGACACACACGCCCGCGUCUCCCUCUCUCACCCCCGGUUGCAGUCGUGGGGCACGUCCCCGACACACACGCCCGCGUCUCCCUCUCUCACCCCCGGUUGCAGUCGUGGGGCACGUCCCCGACACACACGCCCGCGUCUCCCUCUCUCACCCCCGGUUGCAGUCGUGGGGCACGUCCCCGACACACACGCCCGCGUCUCCCUCUCUCACCCCCGGUUGCAGUCGUGGGGCACGUCCCCGACACACACGCCCGCGUCUCCCUCUCUCACCCCCGGUUGCAGUCGUGGGGCACGUCCCCGACACACACGCCCGCGUCUCCCUCUCUCACCCCCGGUUGCAGUCGUGGGGCACGUCCCCGACACACACGCCCGCGUCUCCCCCUCCCACCCCCGUUUGCAGUCAUGGGGCACGUCACCGACACACACGCCCGCGUCUCCCCCUCCCCCCUCCCGUUUGCAAUCAUGGGGCACGUCACCGACACACACGCCCGCAUCUCCCUCUCCCACCCCCGUUUGCAAUCAUGGGGCACGUCACCGACACACACGCCCGCAUCUCCCUCUCCCACCCCCGUUUGCAAUCAUGGGGCACGUCACCGACACACACGCCCGCAUCUCCCUCUCCCACCCCCGUUUGCAAUCAUGGGGCACGUCACCGACACACACGCCCGCAUCUCCCUCUCCCACCCCCGUUUGCAAUCAUGGGGCACGUCACCGACACACACGCCCGCAUCUCCCUCUCCCACCCCCGUUUGCAAUCAUGGGGCACGUCACCGACACACACGCCCGCAUCUCCCUCUCCCACCCCCGUUUGCAAUCAUGGGGCACGUCACCGACACACACGCCCGCAUCUCCCUCUCCCACCCCCGUUUGCAAUCAUGGGGCACGUCACCGACACACACGCCCGCAUCUCCCUCUCCCACCCCCGUUUGCAAUCAUGGGGCACGUCACCGACACACACGCCCGCAUCUCCCUCUCCCACCCCCGUUUGCAAUCAUGGGGCACGUCACCGACACACACGCCCGCAUCUCCCUCUCCCACCCCCGUUUGCAAUCAUGGGGCACGUCACCGACACACACGCCCGCAUCUCCCUCUCCCACCCCCGUUUGCAAUCAUGGGGCACGUCACCGACACACACGCCCGCAUCUCCCUCUCCCACCCCCGUUUGCAAUCAUGGGGCACGUCACCGACACACACGCCCGCAUCUCCCUCUCCCACCCCCGUUUGCAAUCAUGGGGCACGUCACCGACACACACGCCCGCAUCUCCCCCUCCCACCCCCGUUUGCAGUCGUGGGGCAUUUCACCGACACACACGCCCGCGUCUCUUUCUCCCACCCUGCCCUCCCUCUCCUUUUGGGGCUUUUGGCUCAUGGCAGUGGUUCUUACUACACUGGGCAGGCGGGUGAGGUGUGGAAGUUGGGGGAAGUGUCUAUUCAGCACCUGCCCCAGAGCUCCCACAUGCCCCUCCUAAUGCUGGUCCUGCCCUGCUGCCAGUGGGGGAGGGGUGGAUGGUGACUCAAUCCACCUGGGCCCCACCAAGGAGGGCGCACGGGACAGCCCAGUGUCUCAGCUCGGCUACAGGGAGCAAGGAGGGUUGCUCUGAUCAGGGCCGAGUGAAUUCAGGGGGCAUGUGAGGGCUCGUUGGCAGCUAGUGUUGGGGCAGCUGCCUUUGCUCCUCUCCAUGGCUCCUGGUGGGAUGCUGUGGCCAGGGCCUCUCCCAGCCACACUGCCCCAGCCUGCGCAGCUGGAAACUCCUGGGCCUGUGGGGAGGUGUCUGUGAGGAUGGCCGUGGGGCAGGCUGUGGCCCUGGGGCUGCGCGCACACAGGGCCAAGGUGCUUGUGCUGCUUUUGCUUAACUGUUACCAGCUCUUGUGGAGUGUAAAACUCUGUCUCCCCCCUGCCCUGCCUUUGUGAACCCUCAGCCCAGGUCAGGGUGCAGCCCUUAGCUGCUAGGCAGAGAUCAGCUGGCCAGGUAGGGGCUGCCAGGGGAGGGCACAAUCCAGUGGCUUGGGACCCUGUUUGGGGCUGAUCUCCCUGGCCCCUCCCCUUGUCUGGAUGGGAGCUGCUGCUAGCUGCGAAUCCUGGACUUUGUGCCUAGGGGGAAUUGAGUGUUUUGAACCAGCCAGGGUGAGAUGCCCAGUCUGUGCUCUCCAUCCUUCACGUCUGUACAUACCGAGAUCUUUAUAUGUGCUCACUAAAGAUGGCGUUUCCAUAUUUA